AUGAACUUUCGAUAGUUCAAACUUGGAGAUUGAACUUUCCUCGCAACCAACUCAUCCCCUGCCAUUUUUGUUGCUAAUUAUUAAUUGUGUCGUUCCCAUCAGCCUGCUCACUCGCUUGUCUAACACCGUUUGCACUGAAAAAUAUCAUUAACUUAACUAGGAAAGUCUUGACUGCUAAACUCAGGAGUCUUACCAUGGUUACUUAUAGCUGAUUAAUUCUUGAUUAUAAAUUUUUUAACUCAUUAAAUCUUGUCUACGAAAAACUCGAGAACAUUUUACGUGUGGCAAAAUGUUCUCUUGGAAGAGCGACGACAAAAAGAAGAAGCCCGCCUCACGGAGCGCCCCUCGACCUCCACGCGAUGACGCACGUCUUGCACAAAUGGGUCUUUUGGGCGUGGGUGGACUGGAGGACCUGGUGGACGACAAGGCUGACGAAGGACUGGAGGCUGAGCUGCUCGCCCUCAUGGAGGAGGACGCCCCUCCUCCACCGAGACCUCCUAAGCAACAACAAGUCACUAGAGACAAGGAGAGAGCGGUGCUACCAGAAGGUCUACGGCAGCUGGACAACAUGGUUACUGAAUGCCUCUCAGAAAACUACGACGUUGAAGUCACGUCAGACGAUGAGGACGAUCCUGCUCUAAUGGACGAGCUGCUGGGGCUGAGCGAGACAGCGGCCCCUGAACCAACAAGCGUGGCCCCCAGAGAGCCAACACGCAACGCCCCUGUGAUCCAGCGCCCCUCACCGGCCGCCGCAGGGGUGUCGGUGCUGGCGCUUAGAAUAUUCAGUCGAGGCCUCAAAACCCUAUACCAGAUGAAGAAGAGCCUGGAGGCCGGUAAGGCAAUCAACGAAGAGGACAUCCCUCCUGAAGUGGUGGUCAGGAGUGCGUCUCGUGCCGUCACCCCCACACUUCCCACCCCCGCUGCUACUCCCACGGGACCUCUCAGCCCCGAACAUUUCACUCCAGCGCCUUCCGACCCCGCGACUUUUACCCCGACUCCUGCUUCCCCGAGGGAAAAUUUACCCCCGCCUGAAUUUCCUAGUAGGCCUGCAGCCAACAAAAGUUUUGAAGUGCCCGAAGCCCGGGAUGCCCCUUUAAGAAAAGCCUCUACGUCGUCUCUGCCUCACGCCCUGGCUUUUACUGAAACCGUGCCUCACACGACGACAUCAGUUCCCGCCACCCCUACCGUGAACGCCACCACCGCCGCCCCUGCUCCCGCUCCUGCAGCGAGUGAAGAGUUCGAGAGUGUCCCCGAGCCUCCGCCUGUACCGCCGGGUUCAAUACUUGACGCUCUACAAGACCGGCGUGCGAAAUACGUCGAGCAACUCGAGAAAGCUAAAUCGGAGGGCAACGGGCGCAAGGAGCGGAUGAACGACCGCAUCAUCAAACAGUACGACGAUGCCAUCAAACGCCACAAGCUGGGCAAGCCUGUGGCGUACGGUGACCUGCCAUCACCACCUGGUUUUGCACCUCUCCCUGCCAGCGUGGUCACACCGGCGCCUGGAGCUGUAGCUCCAACCACUCCAGCUGUAGCUCCUACCACUCCAGCUGCUGCUGCUGCUACCACUCCUAUUGCGGCUGUUACUACUCCAGCUACGCCUCCUACAUCAGCUCUUCCUGCACAGGCUCAAACUCCCGGUGGUGAUAGUAAUUCCCCAGCGAAAGUACCUCGUCAACAACCUCCAGGAGUUACUCCUCCAAAACCAAAUGUGCGAGCUGCUCCGAAGUCACGCGUGGAACGCCAGAUGUCCCUCCUCACCAAACGACAGGAUCAGUUCAAGGCGGCUGCUCUAGAGGCCAAGAAGAAAGGAGAAAUAGAACUAGCCAAAGAAUAUCUGCGCAACAGCAAAGGUUUUGAUAACCUAAUUCAGGCAACUGCUGCCGGACUACCUGUAGAUAUGAACACUAUCCCAGUGCCGCCUCAAGAGAAGGCUGCUGGAGGCCCAAGUCUGAACCGAGAAGUGUCUGUGGAUGACGCGUUUGAGGUCAUCAACGCCGAGGACUGUGAUAUGCCUGCGACCAGCACGCCAGCUGACUUGGUCCUCAUCUACACCAAACUUGAGGAGGAUCUCAUCAAGCAAAUCAAGAUGUGCGCCACAACGCGCGAGCACUUCAAAGCAGUCGGGGACGUGGCGAGCUGCAAUCGCUUCGAGCAGCUCAUUGUGAACACGAAGAAGGAACUGGACGCCGUAAGACUUGCCUUCAAGCGAGGAGACAAGCCUCCGCGCUGCCACUACGAAAACCGAAGCUUCUCCAUUGUCGAAUGCAAUACGGAUCUAAACGACAGUGACUGCGAAGUUACAGUGAUGCGUGGCAUUAAUUAUAACGUGCAGAAUCCAACUGACGUCGAUACUUAUGUGAAAAUUGAGUUUCCUUACCCGUCCGAAAACUGCCCCGUGGACAGGACUGGUGUGGUUAAGGACACCAACAACCCAGAAUAUAACCACAAAACUCUGUUCAGCAUCGACCGGAAGACGCGCGCGUUGGCGCGGUGCUUUAAGCGCCAUAGCGUCAAACUCACCGUCCAUGCCAAGGGAGGAUGGUUUUCAAGAGACACCAUCGUGGGCUGUGCCAAAGUCCCCUUAGUCGCUCUGGAGAACCAUUGUACGCUGCACGAUUCAUUUGAUCUGAGUGACGAACGGAAAAAGAUGGUCGGAGGCAAAAUAGAAGUGAAGCUCAGGGUUCGUAAUCCAAUAUUAAGUAAGGAGAUUAGACAGCUAAACGAAAAGUGGCUGGUCAUUGAUGGAUAUUAGCUGUUGACAGAAAUAUUUUAAUAUAAUUGAUUGAUAUUAAAAUUAGACGAGAAGCUUAACUAAUGCAGCAUAAAUAUUACUUAGAAAGAUGAAGUAAUAAAACACUAUAUCGUCA